AUGCUGUGGCCAAAAAUAGUUUCCUUCGCGCUGGUCAGCCUGUGCCUGGCAAGAGUCCACCAGGCCGCGAACCAGGACUCCUCUGCGAGCUGCCCCACGGGCUUCAGCCGAGUGGCCGACAAGUGUCUGUUGGUGGGAGCUGGCUGGAAGAAUUGGUUCGAGGGCGACCGCUACUGCCGCACCCUCAACGCCAGCCUCCUCAGUAUUCGGAACCAAACGGAGUUCAACCUAAUCAACAGCUACCUGCCGGAAUUCGCCGCCUACGAGCUGGAGCUCUGGACAUCUGGAAAUAGUCUGGGGGACUCUCAGGCGAACUACUUCUGGCAGAGCACAGGCAAGGAGGCCACCUACCUUCCCUGGGCCACGGGAGAGCCCAAAAGGGCCAGCGGUGACUGCCUCAGUCUGACCGCCAACUACACCAUGGAAGCGGGGGGGGAGGUGGUGCUGGGCGAGCACCGCCUGACCGUCAGGAACUGCACUCUCUGGGGUACCGUCAUCUGUGAGACGCAGUUGACGCGGUACAGAACAGAGCUAUGCCUCAAUCCGAAUGCUUUUUAUGAGGCCCAAAUACCCGUUUAGAGUAAAAUAUAGAAAUUCGCUGGAAGGCGAGCUAAAAAUAUG